AUGAUUCAUAAAGGAUUUAAAUUCAUUUGUAAUGGCAACAACAAGAAAGGAGUAUCUUACUUUAAGUGUGAACAAUAUCAAAGUGCCUUUUGUAAAGCAUCAAUAAAACAAUUAAAUAAUGGACAAAUAAAAGUGAUUAAGGCACAUCACACACACAGACUUCCUCAGAAUGAUAAAAAAAAGGAAUUUAGAGAGAUUUUGAAGAACAGAGACAUUAAUGAAAUUGGGCUACUGAAAAAUAUUUAUGACGAGGAAGCUCGAAAUAAUAGGGAAGCAUCUGCAAUGUAUCCUUGGUCAACAGCCGAAAAAAUUAUGCGAUAUGCCAGAAAAAUUUCACUUCCUGAGUUACCCAACUCUUUAGAAGCUCUGGCUCUUCUAUUUGAUAACGGAGAACUUAAUAGAUUUACAUGCACUCAGACAACGUUCUAUAGAGGCUGUGUUCAAGACGAUCAGGGAAAUUAUAAUAUUAUUUUUGGAUGUCCUGAACUAAUACAGUCUGUAGUGGAAGCCGAAGUAGAUGAGUUACACGUUGAUGGCACAUUUAAAGUUGUGCCAACUGGAAUAAAUGCAAAACAGUUGUUGGUGCUACAUUGUAUGAUCCAAAACUAUUCUAUACCUGUGUGUUAUGUAUUGAUGCAAUCAAAAAGAAGGCCAUCAUAUGAAUGUGUUAUUAGAUACAUAAAACAAAAUAUGCCGCAAAACCUGAACAUUACGAGGAUAAUAACGGACUAUGAAUCGGCUUUAAAAGAUACUCUGUUGUCACAUUUUCCGCAAGCCAGAUCAGUUGGAUGUUGA